CCAUAUCCUUUCCUCUUCGCAAGCCUCCCCCACCUUCAUCUCCUCCUCCGCCUCCUCGCCUCCCCACCCCUUCUAGAACCUUCCAGAACCCCAGAGAGGCGGCGAGAUGCACGGCGUCCUCACCUCCCCGUGCCUGCGCCCCCCUCCCCUCCUCCGCCGCGCCUUCCCGAGCCCCGCCACCCGCCUCCUCCCGCCCCAAACCCUAGCCCUCCGCCCGCUCCCCCUCCCCCGCGGCCUCCGCUCGUCGCCGCCGCCGCCGCGCGCCGCGGCGGAGGCGGCGGCUUCGGCGGUGGGCGGGCUGCUGGCCCCGCUCUCGACGCUGGAGGUCGGCCUGCGGAGCGUCAACCUCGCGCCGCUGCGGGCGCCGGUGGCCGCGGCGAUGUCGGCGGUGGUGCGGUGGCUGGGGGUGUACAGGGAGGUGCUGCUCGUCGGCGUGCUCUUCUCGUGGUUCCCCAACAUCCCCUGGGACCGCCAGCCAUUCUCCGCGCUGCGCGACCUCUGCGACCCCUUCCUCGCGCUCUGCCGCGAGGUCAUGCCCCCCGUGUUCGGCCGCAAGCUCGACCUCAGCCCGCUCAUCGCGUUCAUGGCCAUUGACAUCAUCAUCAUGAUCCUUCGCCCGCAGCCACGCAUGUGAUUGCUCCCGGUGGUUAUGGGAUUGGAGGAUGCUGGUUGGUAAAUUAGGUUUACUAUCGGGGCACAGGCUAUUUUCGGUCAAUCAACAAGGGAUGGUGCUGCUGAAUUUUGCAAGACAAGAAAUGGUUGGUUGAGUAAAGUUGCAAAGCCAAUAUAGUUCUUCUAAAGGUAGCUCAAUUUGAGUAAUUUCGAGAAGUUUGUUUUCAAGUGUAGCUCUUCUAUGUAUGGCACUCGAGGAUUGUACAAGUAGUAUAUGUGCUAGCUACAUUUUUUUUUUGUUUUCUUUGCAAAUCUUGCUCUCUGCUCGGAUUGGCAGUACAUCCUGCACAUGCGUUUAAUGUGAUUUCAAAUUAUUGUAUCUUAAGCGUCUAGGCUCAUGUUCCUCAACGGUUUGUGACAAUUCUUCUGGAAUCUCAAUUAACACAGGCACGAGCUUAUAUAUUCAUAUACGCUUUUCUGAUC